AUGGAGGUUGCAAUGGUGAGUGCAGAUAGCUCUGGGUGCAACAGCCACAUGCCCUAUGGGUAUGCGGCCCAAGCUCGGGCCCGAGAGAGAGAGCGGCUGGCACAGUCAAGAGCCGCAGCAGCAGCGGCUGUAGCAGCAGCAACAGCAGCGGUGGAAGGUGGGGCAGCAGGUGGAGGUGGACCGUAUCACCACUACCAUCAGGAGCAAAGCCGGGGCGCAUCCUCUCACGGUGGGAAUGCGUCGCACAGUGGUGUGCCCCACCGCCCGAGCGGGAAGAGGCGGAAGAGAGGGAAGAAGAGGAGCUUAGGAAGUAGAGAGUGUGGGGCCUCCUUCCCCUGUUCUGAGCUGCUACCUCUCAGUGGUUCUGAAGAGAGAAUGCUGAAAGACUUGAGUGAGGAGGAAGAGGAGGAUGAAGAUGAGGAUGAAGACAAUGAGGAAGAAGGAAAGCUCUACUACAGUGAGGACUAUGGGGAGGAUGAGUUUUCGUACUCAGACCAGCCACCUGAUGAUGGUGGAGGCCCUGGGGGUUACAGCUCUGUUCGCUACAGUGAGUAUGAGUGUUGCGAGCGUGUGGUAAUCAACGUAUCAGGACUGCGGUUUGAGACCCAGCUGAAGACAUUAGCUCAGUUCCCGGAGACGCUGUUGGGUGAUCCAGCGAAGCGAGGGAGAUACUUUGACCCUCUCAGGAAUGAAUACUUCUUUGAUAGAAACCGGCCCAGCUUUGAUGCCAUCCUGUACUACUACCAGAGUGGUGGUCGGCUGAAGAGGCCAGUCAAUGUACCCUUUGACAUCUUCUCUGAGGAGGUGAAAUUCUACCAACUCGGGGAGGAGGCCAUGCUCAAGUUUAGGGAGGAUGAAGGGUUUGUCAAAGAGGAAGAGGACAAAGCUUUGCCGGAGAAUGAGUUUAAGAGGCAGGUUUGGCUGCUGUUUGAGUACCCGGAGAGCUCCAGUCCAGCCAGAGGCAUCGCCAUUGUCUCUGUCUUGGUCAUCUUGAUCUCCAUCGUCAUCUUUUGUCUGGAGACUUUGCCAGAGUUCAGAGAUGACAAAGAAUUUGUCAUGUCCCUGAGCUUAGGGAAGGGACUUUCCAAUGAGUCACUUCACCUGGACACUGGGGAGCACACCAUCUUCAAUGAUCCUUUUUUCAUUGUAGAGACAGUAUGCAUCAUUUGGUUCUCCUUUGAGUUUACAGUACGCUGCUUUGCAUGUCCAAGCAAAGCACACUUCUUCAAGAACAUCAUGAACAUCAUAGACAUUGUCUCCAUCUUGCCUUACUUCAUUACUCUGGGCACUGACUUGGCACAGGAGCAGGGCAGUAAUGGUCAACAGGCCAUGUCUUUUGCCAUCCUGAGAAUCAUCCGUCUGGUCAGGGUGUUUCGCAUCUUCAAGCUCUCCAGGCACUCCAAGGGUUUGCAGAUCCUGGGUCACACACUCAGGGCCAGCAUGAGGGAACUUGGCCUCCUCAUCUUUUUUCUUUUUAUCGGAGUAAUUUUGUUUUCCAGUGCUGUUUACUUUGCAGAAGCUGAUGAGCCUGCCACCCAUUUUCAAAGCAUCCCAGAUGCCUUUUGGUGGGCUGUAGUGACGAUGACUACAGUUGGUUAUGGGGACAUGAAACCCAUAACUGUGGGUGGGAAAAUAGUUGGGUCCCUGUGUGCCAUUGCGGGAGUGUUAACCAUUGCUUUACCAGUGCCAGUGAUUGUCUCCAAUUUUAACUAUUUCUACCACAGAGAGACCGAGAACGAAGAACAAACGCAGCUGAUGCAAAAUGCAGUCAGUUGCCCUUACCUCCCAACAAAUUUACUGAAGAAAUUUAGAAGCUCAUCAUCUUCAUCCACAGAGGAUAAAUCAGAAUAUUUGGAGAUGGAAGAAGGAGUUAAAGAAUCUCUUUGUGUAAAGGAGAAAAAAAGUCAGGACACAGGGAAUAGUAGUGAGUCAGAGAAGAAAAACUGUGUAAAUUCAAAUUCCGUGGAAACUGACGUGUAG